UGCCCACCCCAGCUGCUGCGGUGCCCCUGACCUUUUCAAUUGGUCGGACUGCUCUGCCGCAACGUACUUCAAACAUGGCGUAUAGGUCAUCCCAGCAUCUGUGGCGCCAAACAUACAGGACUGUUUUUCGCUCUACAAACCCUAAUGUUUUGUGCCCUCGCCUCAAAUCCAAAUCACAACUCCCCAUUUACAGUGCUUCUACGUUUGUUCUGCAAAGAUUUUAUGGCUCAAAAGUUGGUGAAUCCGGUGCAGCAACCUCUGUAAGUUCAUCCUUGAAGCAGGCCGAAGUUGCCAAAUUUGCAGCAAUUGCAGAGACAUGGUGGGACAUUGAAGGGCCUUUUAAGCCAUUGCAUGCAAUGAACCCUACUAGGGUGUCUUUCAUCCGCUCAACACUCUGCAGACAUUUCAGGAAAGAUCCAAAUUGUGCCAGGCCUUUGGAAGGGCUAAAAAUUAUUGAUGUUGGUUGUGGAGGAGGGAUUCUCUCAGAGCCUUUGGCUCGGCUAGGUGCUACAGUAACAGGCAUUGACGCUGUUGAGAAAAAUAUCAGAAUAGCUCGGCUUCAUGCUGGAUUGGACCCGUCAACAUCAUCGAUAGAAUAUUCUUGUGCUACAGCAGAGCAAUUGGUGGAGCUAAACAGAGAGUUUGAUGCUGUGAUUGCACUUGAGGUGAUUGAGCAUGUAGCAAAUCCCUCUGAAUUCUGCCAGUCAUUGGCAGCACUAACUGCUGCCAAUGGAGCUACGGUAAUUUCUACCAUCAAUCGGUCUAUGAGAGCAUAUGCUGCAGCCAUUGUAGCAGCAGAAUACAUCCUGCGUUGGCUCCCACGAGGCACACAUCAGUGGUCAAGCUUCCUUACUCCGGAAGAGCUCGUUCUGCUGCUGCAACGUGCCUCAAUUUCAGUCCAAGAAAUGGCAGGAUUUGUAUACAAUCCGCUAACAGGCAAGUGGGCUCUGUCUGAUGAUGUUAGUGUGAACUUCAUUGCUCUUGGUGCCAAGCAGAUUCAUAGGAAAGCAUUGUAAUUUUUAUUUUCCAUUUAAUAACAAGGUUCACCUUAUUUGGUUGACCUUUGCCUCUUAGUAUGGCUAUGAUUGGAAAAUAUGAGAGGCUUUUUCAUGCAGCCUUGCUCAUCUUAUUUAUGUGCAUUAUAAAGUAGACAUUAAGUUGAAUGAAUAAGCCUGGUGGGAUAUUCCCAGCUGCACUGGAAUUGAAAAGCAAAGAGGAACCAGUUGCAAAGA